AUGGAGGUUGGUAAUUAUUGUUCUACUGUUCCUGUAUCUAACUAUCACUAGAGUCUAGACCUUAUUCGCCUGUUUAAUAGAUUAGUUAAUACUGAAAAUUAGCGUCAUUAUCACUAUUUUUAUUAUCAUGAAUAACAAUUUAAUUUUUAGUUUAAUUGUCUUAAUUUAAACUAGAAUUGCUAGUUUAAUUAUCAAACAUUUAUUUACUUGAAUUAUAAUUCAAAUUUUAAUCAUUUGUUUGAUAUUAUUCUGAAAUCAUUUACUCAUUUUUCUGGUUUAUAUCUUUAUAGUAUUUAUUAUCACAACCUAAACUGUCUAAGAAAAUGA